UGAGGGAAAAGGAGGAAGAUAUCCACGUAGCCUGUCUUACAUCGUAAUAGUCCUGCCGUGUAAUUAUUCUCAAUGUGUACGGUUAAUUGAAGACACGCUGCUUUAAAUUAAGCGGGUAACGGUGUUCAUAGUGGCGGGUGAAAGGGAAUAACCCACAUUAGUCCAGCUAGCUGUGAGGGAGAGGACUAAAAAUGGAGCUGGAAGACGGAGUGGUGUACCAGGACGACCCGGGGACAUCAGCGAUGAUGUCUGAGCGGGUAUCGGGCCUGGCCAACUCCAUUUACCGCGAGUUCGAGCGGCUCAUCGGUAAAUAUGACGAGGACGUGGUGAAGGAGCUGAUGCCGCUGGUCGUGGCUGUUCUGGAGAACCUGGACUCGGUAUUCGCGGAGAACCAGGAGCACGAAGUGGAGCUGGAGCUGCUGAAGGAGGACAACGAGCAGCUCAUCACCCAGUACGAGCGGGAGAAAGCGCUGAGGAAACACGCAGAGGAGAAGUUUAUCGAGUUUGAGGACACCCAUGAACAGGACAAGAAGGACCUGCAGAACCACGUGGACCGGAUGGAGUCUCACUCUAGACAACUGGAACUGAAGAUCAGGAACUACGCAGACCAGAUCGGCAGGUUAGAAGAACGAGAAGUGGAGCUGAAGAAGGAAUACAACUCUCUCCAUCAGAGACACACAGAGAUGAUUCACAAUUACAUGGAGCACGUAGAGAGGAUCAAAAUGCAGCAGAUCAGUGACACUUCAGAGACGAGCGCGGUCGGCCGAGUCAGGAGAGAGCGGCCUCUUUCUCUGGGGAUCUUCCCGUCAUCUGCCGGUACGUCUUUGCUCACCCCAGACCCCCAGGUCAGAUCAGAGACCCUCGGCACGGAGAGCUGGAGGUUCACUGACUCGACACAGCUGAGGUCUAACACCAGCCUCAAGGACUUUGUCGACCCCCCGAAGGAAAGGGAGGGUAAGAGUGCGCAGGACUCUUCUUGGGGGAAUUCACUGGCAGACGACUGCAAGGAUGAGCUGUCAGACUUCACCGGCUCCAAGUCGGUCACGCCGAUGUCCACCACAGCCUCCGACAUGGAGACCAGUAAGAGCACGGAGGUGCAGGCUGCACCGGGGACCAGAUCCAUAUCAGUGGGUUUGCCUGAAAACGAGGACAGCUCAGAUGUUCAGGACAUCAUUGAGUCCACGCCGGAGCUGGACAUGGAUCUAAUCGGUUACAAGCCCUGCAGCACCCCCACUAAAGGCAUUGAGAACAUGGCAUUCGACCGUAACACAGACUCUCUGUUUGAAGAGCUGUCGUCUGCAGGCACAGGCCUCAUCGGAGAUGUGGACGAAGGAGCCGACCUUCUAGACCUUAGUUUGAUUGGCAUGGGCAAAGAGGUGGAAAAUCUCAUUCAGGAGAAUUCACAACUCCUUGAGACAAAGAAUGCUCUGAACGUUGUGAAUAAAGACUUGAUAUUGAGGGUGGACGAGCUAACCUGUGAGAAGGAGAUGCUGCAGGGCGAGCUCGACGCCGUGCUGCAGGCCAGGGUGAAGCUGGAGGACAAGAACAAAGAACUGGAGGAGGAACUGAAAAAAGUGCGGCUGGAAAUGGAGGAAGUGAAACAGAAGAGUAAAGAUGAAGAAGAUAGUGACGUGCCUACGGCUCAGAGGAAGCGCUUCACCAGAGUGGAGAUGGCCCGAGUUCUGAUGGAGAGGAAUCAGUACAAAGAGAGACUGAUGGAGCUGCAGGAGGCUGUGAGGUGGACCGAGAUGAUCCGGGCCUCGAGAGAAAAUCCAACACUAACAGAGAAGAAGAAAUCCAGCAUCUGGCAGUUCUUCAGCAGACUGUUUAGCUCCUCCUCCAGCUCUCCCGCCAUAAAGAAGGUCGACUCCCAGUCCAACGUGAAGUACAACGCACCGGGCAGCCUGGUGAAGAGGAGCAGCACCUUCUCCCAGUUCCCCACAGAGAAGUCCAAGACCUUCGACUUCCUCAAUGAAGAAAAGGACCAGUGCAGCUCCCCGUCACGUAAAGAGCAGAAGAGAGCUCAGUACAGGCAGGUGAAGGCCCACAUGCAGAAGGAGGAUGGCCGAGUCACUGCACACGGCUGGAGCCUGCCCAGCAAAUAUAAGGUGGCCAAUGGCGGACAAGUAGAGAACAAGAUGAACUUACCUGUGCCAGUGUACUUGAGACCUCUGGAUCAGAAAGAUGCUUCUAUGAAGCUGUGGUGUGCUGCAGGAGUCAACAUGUCUGGAGGGAAAGCAUCGUCAGAGCUCAGUAAACAGACGAAGGGUUCUCAGAGCAGCCUGGAUCAGUUAGAGCAGGAGAGUAAGGAGGAGAAAGGGGAGCAGGAGAAGGAGCUGGUGGUUCAGGAUGAGACAUCCAGCAGGGUGUGGGUUUGCACCAGCACGCACUCCUCCACCAAGGUGAUGGUGCUGGACGCCAGUCAGCCCUCAGACCUCCUUGAUAGCUUCUACGCCUGCAACACCCACGUGGUCUGCAUUGCUAGUGUGCCAGGUGUCUUAGAGACUGAUUAUCCUGCAGGAGAGGAGGUUCCCCAGGACCUGGAGGCUAGCCAAGGUGACGGCGUGUCUCUGGCCGGCAGUGUGGCCAGUGUGGGCUCAACAGGCAGCGACGGUGCCAUGGCAGCAGAGGGAACCACCGCCAUCCCCCAGACAGCCUCUUCAGGUGUCAGCGACCAGCCAGCUGAGCACAGCGGGAUCUCUGGCUCAGUGGAGCUGUCGAGAGAGACCAGUCCAACAGAAGACGGCGUCCCUACAGCCGAGGAGGCCACAGAGGCGACGGAGGCUAACGCUGGCGUGGGCGAAGAAGGAGAGGAGGAACAGGCAGUGGAUCCAAACCAGCCAGGGAUCUACACCGAGCACGUGUUCACCGAUCCACUGGGGGUGGGACCCACAGACCCCUCACCUGCUGACACCCAGAGGGGCUCGGGGCAGGACGGUGUCACUUCCCUGCCUGAAGAGUGCGACCCUUCGGAGGGAGAGGUCCUGAGGAUGAGCAGCGCCCUCCCCACCAUGUGGCUGGGAGCUCAGAACGGAUGUCUGUAUGUUCACUCUUCUGUGGCUCGAUGGAGAAAAUGUCUGCAUGCCAUCAAGCUGAAAGACUCCAUCCUCAGUAUAGUUCAUGUUAAAGGGAGAGUCUUGGUAGCGUUGGCUGAUGGGACAUUGGCGAUCUUCCACAGAGCCAUUGCAGACGGCCAGUGGGAUUUAACCAACUACCACCUGCUGGAUCUGGGCCGGCCUCAUCACUCUAUCCGCUGCAUGACGGUGGUCCACGAUAAGGUGUGGUGUGGCUACAGGAACAAGAUCUACGUGAUCCAGCCCAAGGCCAUGAGGAUAGAGAAGUCGUUCGACGCUCAUCCUCGUAAGGAGAGUCAGGUCCGACAGCUGGCCUGGGUCGGAGAUGGGAUCUGGGUGUCCAUACGUCUGGAUUCUACUCUGCGCUUGUUUCACGCACACACCUAUCAGCACCUUCAGGAUGUAGACAUCGAGCCCUACGUCAGCAAGAUGUUAGGUACGGGUAAAUUGGGCUUCUCCUUUGUGAGAAUCACGGCGUUGGUGGUGUCCUGUGGCCGUCUAUGGGUUGGGACAGGAAACGGCGUCAUCAUCUCCAUCCCGCUGUCUGAAGUCAACAAGACGACAGGCAUCAUGCCAAAUCGUCCCGGCACUGCUGUACGGGUUUACUCUGAUGACGGCUCAGACUGUGCCAUGCUAGGCAGCUUCGUACCGUACUGCUCCAUGGCUCAUGCCCAGCUGUGUUUCCAUGGCCACCGGGAUGCUGUCAAGUUUUUUGUUACCGUGCCAGGUCAGGCGAUGCCUCCUCCAGGCACUGUAGAUUCAGGCUCUGAUGAUCCUCCAUCUGAGUCCUCUGACACGACGACAUCCGAGACUAAAACUUUCCUGGUCAUGAGCGGAGGCGAGGGUUACAUCGACUUUAGAAUUGGUGACGAAGGCGGGGAAUUGGACGGUUUAUCAGAGCCUUCAGCCAACCAGCAGUCAGCUCCCACCAAGGCUGAGCAGAGCCACCUCAUCGUCUGGCAGGUCACAACCUCUCAUGAUUAAAGAAAAUCAAAUCACAGACUCGUGUCUACGCCAGGGCCGCCCACCGACCCCCGCAUGCCCUCCUCUGAGUUUUUAAUUUCAUAUUACUGAUCGUUCUUAAUGCCUGAGUAGUCAACUACUUUGUAAAGAAACAUUAUUUUUAGUCCAUGUUUUGUACAGAUUAUGAAUUUGAAAUAGGUAAGGCGAGGUUAACUUAAAGAAUCCGUCCAGGUGUCUCUCCUGCUGGGAUGCAUGUAGGAAAAGCUGGUGCACACAGGAAGAAGGCAAUUGAAGGUGUUAGUUUGUUCAGGUAUGUGUGGAUGAUGUUUGUCGUAAAUGUCUGAAAAGAUUUGGUGUAAAGGAGAAAAAGGGAGACGAGCUCUAAGUGUUAAAAAGGAGCAGGUUUAGUGGAAGUAUAUUUUAUAUUAAAAACACGAGACUUUAACAUUUGUAAACCACGUCUGUUAGAGUGUGAGCAUCUGGUGUGUGUAGGAAUUCACUCAAAUCUCUCAUGAUUAGCGUCCUUAUUAUCAAUAUAGUCUGUGUAUCUUUAGCUCAGUGAAUAACUGUUUCAUUAAUAGAUGUGACAAAAUCAAACAGAAAUUUCUAAUUUUUAUUACAAAGAGAUUUUCUAUUUUGUGGAAAAAGUGGAAGAAUUAUAGCAGCUUAAAUGGUUAUAAUAUAUAAUGUGUGAUCUGUCUGUAGAAAACUUCUUGUGAUCCUCUUCAGAGAAUAUUUUAAGAGAUGCAUCAGCCUCUUUUCUUUAUUUUAGGAUAUAAAUUAUGAUCUUUAUUCUCUACAUUUGUAUCCUUGUAUGACUCAAACCUACUCACUUUAGUUCCUUCAGUUCUCUUCUCCACACAUAAAAACAUGCAUAUAAAGUGCACUCUUUAAAAUCAAAACUAAAUCAUGAUAAAUGUUUGUGAUCUUAAUGCUGAUAAAAAAAAUCAUGUUCAAAAGCAAGGACUGAACAUGAGGUCCACUGACCUCAAUCUUUGGCCUCCAAAUUCUAAUCAGCCUCUCCUUGAGUCAAAGUUUUCAAAGUUCAGGACAAAUCCCUCAGAGCUCUACUACAGUAUCUGGUUCUCAAGAAUGGCUCAGACAGCAAGGACCUAAAGGUGGACCACCUGAAAACUAGUGGUGGGCGGUAAACCGUUAUUAAUAUUGUCAACAUUGUUCAGUCUGAGUCCAGUCAUCAGUGUGUUUAACUCUGACACUAAAGAACAGCCAGAUAACAACCCAAACCUCACCCAUAUGUGUGAAGCAAAGAAAUAAAAGGACGUUUGAUAUCUGUAAUAACAGCAACAAGAAGCGAGUGAGCCCCGUUUGUAGAGCAUCUCUGCAAUUAAUCAAUGACCUUAGCCCAGCACUGCAGUGAUUUUUUAUUAUAACAGCAUUAACAAUUGUCUGUGCUGUUUUAACUGAUGACUUGCUUGUUUUAGGUCCAUCAAUAUUCAAAGAAACAGGCUGCAGUGUUAAAUGAGGUCAGAGGAGCAACAAUAAACACCAUAGCUCUGUACACUCACUAGUGCCUCUGCUAAAGCUGAGUUAAAUCAGUGUGCUCAGACAUGAGAUGAGUGUAUCAUUACAGGUGUGUUUUAGUGGAGAAGAGACUUGUAGACCUGAAUGUACCUUUAACUGGGUUAUCUCUUUUUAUGCAAUACUGUAAUAUAGUAUCAUUACUGCAAAUAAAAUGAAAAAAAAAAAACACUAUAAUAUGAAUUAUUGGCUAUACCACCCAGCUCUGAUCCAUGCUUAUUUUUUAACUGGCUGCCAUUGUUUACCAGCUUGCAGUGCAGCUAAACCAGACCCACAGCUACCGCCUAUUUCUCCUCAAACACACUGAUUGGUCAGGUUAUUCUCAGACCAGGAACAAGCUUGAACCUUUACAGGAUGAAUCCUGAUGACAAACAUGAUGGCUGGACAAUUCAUCGGCUUUGCAAGGUUAAGGAAUAACCAUUUAUUGGCUUAUAUUUACCUGUAUUUAUGCAACAGUAGAAAAGGUUAAGGCCAUGAUAGAUAAAGAAUGUCCACAUUUCCUGUGUGCUUUAACCCUAACCCUAUCUCUACAUACAGACAGCUUUAACUCUGGAGUUACCCCAGUACAGCUGACUGUUACAAACAAUUUAUCCUCACAUUGCAAACAAUAAAAGUUCCUUUCUUUUUUAAGCUUUUGCUCUUCCACUUUUGACUUUAAAAGAGAAAAUCACUUUGCAUUUCAAUUUUAAAAACUCUAGUUUCAAAAGGGAACCAAACAACUUUUUAACAUCUGUGUCAGAUGCAUUUUUUCGUUGACUAAGAGAUACGCAGACUCUUCACCUUUAAGGCCAGGUUUCAAAGUAUAACGCCUACAAUUUAAAGUGUAAUCCACUUACUCUACUGUAUAAACUGAUUAUUAGAAAAGCAGUCUGCAUAAACCAGAGGUAAAUUUAAUGUGCUUUCUUUCUGCAAAAGCAAGAAAAUAAAACUUGGAUUGUUCCUUUAAUAGUGAUUGACCCCAGGGCCAAUAUACCACAUGAUCUAGUUCUGUGAUAUAAAUAAUAAAUAGAGGCUUCCAGUUUCCUGUACUGAACUGUAGGUGAGCAUUAGCCUGCAUGGAGGAAUCCUGUAUCUGUCUGUGUGUUUGUGUGCCUGCUCGGAUGUUUUAAAGCUAAACCCUCGCCUGUGGCGUGAGGGAAAUCUGCCUGUGCCAUCGACGUGGUGCUUCCUGUUUGCUUCAGCUCAUGGGCACUUUAAAAAUUUAGUCGCUUGAGGUUUUGAAGAAAACACCCAUGGUAAUGUAGACGACACUACUGUGUGCUAAUUCUAUGAAGGGAACAAAAAGUAGAAGGAUUUGUAGCGAUGUGACAGCCCAGUAACCAAAGGACGAAAGAUGACGCACCGUGAAACUGAAAACUACAAACUUUUAUACUUUUAACGUCAUGAGAGUCUGUUGAGGGAAUUUGUUGUGUACUUUCAGGGAGUCAUGAUGUCGGGAAAUAAACCUGAAAAGGGAAUCUGAAUGAGUAGAAGACAUUUUUGUGGCAAUUUCACUGCAAAAAUCAAAUCUUACAGAGUGUAUUUGUCUAAUGUCCAAUCAAAAAUAGGUAAAACACUAAUUAUCAGCCCCAUUCAACUGACUUGUCCAGAUAAACUUCUUAUGAAGAGACAUAAAAACACAAAUAUAAUUGAUUCCAGUGCAUCAAGGAGAUUUUAUUCAUGAAGUUUGAAGACUAUCUAAACCCCAAAAUAUCAGCUGAGGUUAAGCUACCCUUGAAUUAAAAAAAAAAAAAAAACUUUAAAAGGUCAUGGAAAGGUCUGGGAGGGAGGGGAUAAAGACAGGCCCAGUCCCUCCUCCUCUCCCUUAUCAGCCACAACAUCAUUCAGUCUAUGCUGCUUUUUAGAUUUGGUUAUCAGCCAUAAUGUCAGAACUGUUCAAGUUAGACUUUCCAAAAGCUACCUGGGAGUGAAUUGGUGAAAAGUUUGUAUUUUAUCCAUUUAAUUUUACGAAAAGCAUGGUUUAUUCACAAUGCCCGGUAACAACACUGCAUUACCCAUCCUAGAGUAACAUAACGGCAUCUCUGAUUGGUAGAGCCCUCCUUUAUUUGCAUAACUUCCACAUUCUGCUGCUACUAGUAACUUGAUAAGCGACAGACAAAUGUUUUAACAGCUUCCCAGGCAGUCUGACGACUCCAAGCGAGCUAUGCCAGUAGAGCAGGCACGUUGUGUCGUAUAGCUCAAGGUAGCCCCAGACACACGCCACAAGUUUCUCCUCUAUUGUCCCGUUGAAUGAACCUCCUUCCCUCCAGGCUGGGCCUUCAGAGAUCCUCGAUGUUGAAUGCAGCACAAAUUUGCGUCAUUUGCACGAAUUACUCAGUUCACAAUUUGUGCCACACAUUUGCGGCGUUUGUGUUGCCUAGUGUUUUUGGCCUUGCAUGUAAUUAACUUGCAGAAAUGAUUUUCGUGUCCGGUGUGCUCACGACCUGCAUGCUCAGGAGAGCAGGGAUGGGAGGUGUGUCCAGGACCUGGUGAGCUGGGAGAAAACCUGGAGAGAUGGCAGAUGUGCUUGGCACCACCCUGGACGUUGGCCAUCAGAAGGCCAGAGCAGUCCAGGACUGAGGUUGAUGCAGCAGAGUGCCGAUCCUGCAUAUGCUCUCAUACCUCGGCUGAUUUAUUCGCAAUCAUGGGCAACAGCACAUUACCAGCAGUUCUAGAAAAACUCAGCAGUUACUAAGCAAUUUCUCUGAUUAGUGAAGGCUGCCUUUACCCAGAAAUUUUGGCUGUCGGCUUUUACUAGGGAAGUUAACAGUCAAAAAACAUGGGCAGCAAAAAUGUAGGAUUUAAAGACUUUGUGCUAAAAUGUUCAGAUUUGGCCUCUAACAGAUCAACAGCGCUAUUAAAGACCCGUUUACAUCGGUCUGUCUGUAGACAGAAGAAGAAGAAUUAUCAGCCUUAUUUUUCCCUUAUAAACUCUUACGGUGUUUAUCUGGACUUUUCAGGUGAAUGUUGCUCACGUGAUUAAAGUGUUAUUAGAGAUUUAUGAUGAGAUUUUAGACAAGUACCCUCCCUAAUAUUUGUUUUUUUGCAGUGUUUUAGUGGAAAGUGCUCACAGCACUAAAUGGAGUCUUUCCUUAUUUCUCCGUCAUUCCUCGUUUGAACAUUUAGAGGCCCAAAAGGAAAAUGUUGUCCUUUUUUUUGUCAUGCUGAGCAUCCUGAGUGUUUUGUAUUCAUAUGUGAGACUCAAUUAUGAAAUAAUGACUGUAACAUGAUAGCAGGAUACCAAUAAUAAGACGCUGUUUUAAUUAGUUUUUAUAUCUGACAUCGUGGGCCAAGGUUGCUCUCCAGUCCAUUUCAAAAGUGACUUUUUCUUGUGUUUUUGCCAUUCCAGUAUUUAUUUUCUUUGUUAUGGAGCCAGUCUUGGUUCAGAAUGUAACUUUCUACAUGAACAAAAUAUAAAAGAAGGCUAUUGUGAAGAAAAUAGUCGAUACGUUUACGUGAUUGUUCAUGAAAUAAAGAAAUUCAUGCCAUCUUGUUGGGAAUUUUUGACGAACCAUGAGAUCAAUGUGUGUAACAAUAACUUGGUUUUGGAAUAACAUUCAUGUACUAAGCUAUGCAUGUUUUUUUAAGGAAUACUGCUAUGUUUUCAGCUCAGUCUCUGUUUAUUGCCACCGUUUUGGGUGGGGUGGAUGUCUCUGUGCGUGUUUGAGUUUGAGCGCUGGACACAUUUGUCUGUGUGUGUUUGGUUUAGUGUGAUGUGUGUGUGUGCUCACUGAACGUCCAUCUGUAAACAGAGAUCGGUCACAUCUACACACUGUACCGGCUUCUCUCUGACGGUGGUUCCUCCUGGUCAAUGUGUGCUAAAAAUAGCAUCAUAGCCUUAUUUUUAACAACCUAUUAAAAUCAGUUUCAUGGA